AUGCCACGUCAUCACAGUUUGAACCAUCUCAAAAGUCUUGUUCCUACUCUUUUUGUCGUUUCGACGUUCAACAUGAAACCCAUAAUCUUACAGGGCCAUGAGCGAGCCCUUACUCAGAUCGUGUACAACGCAGAAGGUGACUUGCUAUUUUCUGCCAGUAAAGACAACAUCAUCAAUGUCUGGUUCACUUCCAACGGCGAACGAUUAGGGACUUACAACGGUCACAAUGGUAGUGUGUGGUCAGUAGCUUGUGAUUCUCAAACAAAAUAUCUACUAUCAGGUGCAGCAGAUAAUACCAUGAAAUUAUGGGAGGUAUCGACUGGGAAAUGUCUCAAAACUUGGGAAUACCGGACGGCGGUGAAGCGUGUGGCGUGGAAUGCGGAUGAUGAUUUGAUUCUGAGUAUCACCGAGCAGAGACAAGGACAACCGUCCGUCAUCCGGAUAUAUCGGAUUGAUCGUGAAGCUGGGUCUAGUCAAAGCGACACCCCUCUCAAAGAAAUUAUCCUGACUGGUUCCAAAGCUACCGUUGCAGUCUUCUCCCCCCUUUCCGACUUUGUCAUCACUGGUCAUGAGAAUGGAAAAGUAGCUAAAUACGAUAUCAAAACUGGAGAGGAAGUCAAAUCUGUUUCACCCGAGGAUGGUGAAGGACAUCGAGCAGAGAUUACGGACAUGCAAUUGAGUCCUGAUGGUACCUAUCUCAUCACCUCGAGUAAGGAUAAGACAGCGAGAAUAUUUGACUCCCUUAACAUCGAGGAGAUGAAGGUCUACGUCACGGAAACACCUCUCAACAGCGCAUGCAUCACUCCGGUAAGACCGUAUGUGAUCUUGGGUGGUGGGCAGGAUGCGAUGAGUGUCACGACAACCUCUCAGCGUGCGGGAAAGUUCGAGAGCAGGUUCUGGCACAAGAUUUUCGAGGAAGAGGUUGGACGAGUACGGGGGCAUUUCGGUCCUAUCAACACCCUGAGCGUUCAUCCCGGUGGAAAAGGUUACGCCUCUGGUUCGGAAGAUGGCUUCGUUCGUGUACACUGGUUUGACGAUUCAUAUUUCAAAAGUCGACCUUUCGGUGAUCUCGAGCCUGAUCUGGAGAUCUGAGUAAUGUCGACCUAGCAUUUUGAUACAUGGGUGCAUAGGUGCACAUGGAUGAAUCUGAUUUGCAUGUCUC